AUGGGGUUUUUCGAUGCUCUAGCACAAUGGCUUGGUGUUAAAAAGAAAGAAGUUAAUGUAAUGGUUGUUGGACUAGACAACAGCGGGAAAACUACUAUUAUCAACCAUUUCAAACCACCGGAUGCUAAAAACCAUGAUAUUGUUCCAACAGUUGGCUUUAACGUGGAGAAAUUCAAAUCAAAAUCCCUUUCCUUCACUGCUUUUGACAUGUCUGGGCAGGGACGGUACCGUAACCUUUGGGAGCAUUAUUACAAAGAAUGUGACGGCAUCAUAUUUGUCAUUGACAGCAGUGACAAGUUGCGCAUGGUUGUUGCCAAAGAUGAACUUGACCUGCUUCUCCAGCACCCAGAUUUGAAAAAUAGAAGAAUUCCUAUUCUGUUUUUUGCCAAUAAAAUGGAUGCUAGAGAUGCAGUGUCUAGUGUGAAGUGUUCUCAUCUACUGGGUUUGGAAACUAUAAAGGACAAACCCUGGCACAUUUGUGCAAGUAAUGCUGUCAGCGGUGAUGGUCUGCAUGAAGGUGUGGAUUGGCUGACAGAUCAACUAAAAGAUGUAUUAGAAAAGAAGAGAAAGAAAUGA